AUGGUGCAGCCUAUCAAGACUCCGCCGCCCAGAAGCGACCUGCGGACGCUCUACUCGGUGACCAGGAAACGACGGCACUGGCGCCGCCCCGCACACUCAAAACGCAGAGUGGAGGAAGGGUUUAUAGUAAGCAUAACUUUUAAAAGCAACAUCCGGUUAGCAGCUCAGCAACCUAGUUCCGACUUGGAACAGAAGCACCUACACAUAGACAUACCAGUAAGAUCGCAGUAUUGUUUGACGUACACUCUCUAUCAGGAGGGAACGUCUAACGGAUUGGAAACGCAUCUGGACGCAGUUCUGCUAGGCGAAGCAGCUGCAAAAUCCCCGACUACCGGAAUUGAAAGCCCGAAAGAGCGUUUCGACAUCUGCAUACAAACCGUUGAUCCCAGUCCACAUCUGAUUGAGGCCAACGCUGAAGCAGAGCACGCCAUAUCAUCAGACACAGAGAUUGGUAGUCUGGUUGGGUUGGAGCUACCGAGCAACGUCCUUGAGGUUUUCGAGUCUGUAAGUUCCAAAUUGGAACAGUUGACGCAGGCCGUGAAACGCUUGGAGAACAUGCAAAAGAUCAUCCUCAGACGUGUGAAUCGGAAAAGCAGCUACAACCAGUUCUUAUUAGACUGA